AUAACAAUAUGCUACUAUUACUAGUACUAAUAUUCCUACUUCAAUUUAUUUGGAAAAAAAUCUGCUGUCAUCGUCGUCAUCAUCACCGUCCUCGUAUUCUUCACCAUCUUCAUCAAAGCUCCAAUGGCAUACGGCCAGUUGUACCUGUGGCUUUUGUUCUACGAUUAUUUUGUUUGAUUUUGUUCUACUAUUAUUGCACUAAAUACCUCUUGUAUAUUUUUGUUGCUUGGAUUUUAUGCGCGCUAAUCUUAAAAGUUCUACCGGUGAUUCCUCAUAUUGCGAAGCUAUGGCUGGAUUUCAAAAAUGGUUACAAGCCUGUGUCAUUCUCAUUGUCUUUAGACGAGGAUUAUAGACUUUCUGAAUGGAUAAAGGAUUUUUUCAAUAAAUCAAACUUUAAGGAAAGGUACUCUGAAAAUGAGUUAGAAGAGCACGAAGCUUUUGUAAUGGGUUUUGUGAAAAGGCUUUGUGAUAAGCUAGGAAAACUAUAUCCUGCAUUCAAAGUUAAGAUUGUGCCGAGUGGAAGCUAUUAUGACAGAACGAAAGUCAUAGAACCAGAUGAAUUUGACUAUAAAUUAGUAUUUACCAAUGUUCAAGGAUUCAAAACUCAUCGCACUGUCUUUUCAUCCAACAUGAAAAAACUAUUCAUGAAUGAUGAACAAUUUCUAAGAACUAUCAACGAUUCUAAGCAUCCACUAUUCAAGAAGAGUAGGAUGGACACAUUACAUUCCUUCCUUACAUUCCUGCAGCAUAUUUUGAUAGAUUUUCCUCUUUUUAUAGUUGCAAUACCUGUUGAAGUUUUUGUAUUGACAUUCAUUUGUGUAUGUAUUUGGAGAGUGUUUAUUAAGAAAUUCUUCAACCAUAUGGAAACUAUAGAUGUUCUCUGCGCAGUCCUCGAUGCUGUUAAUGUUUGCAUACGUAGAUCUAAGGAACUUUCUUGUGACCUAAUUUAUGUUGCAAGAAAAGCAGUCAUACAUGGACCUUGCGUGUCAUUAGCCAUCAAAGCUCCACUCUGUGAUACCUUAAUUGAUUUAGGCUUCUGUUUUAAACAGCCACACUCUCAAACUGUUGAUGCUUCAUAUUUAGUCUUACCAACACCCUAUGAGGACUGGACACUGACCCGCCUGUCAUUGAAUUCUAUAGAUACAAUGUCAUUAAAUCAUAAAAUGAUUUUCAUGGUUUUAAAAUGUAUUGCAAAACGAACACCAACUCUCAUGAUCUGAAAAUGCUGGUAUUAGACCAUGAGAAAAACUGCAAGGACGAUAUAAAAGCAGCAAGGUGUUUUAUUAAUAUGGCUCAAAAUAUGUUUAAUAGAUUAGGAGUGAGAGAAAAUGCUGAAGAAGUUGUCAUUCUUCCCAUCAUGAACAAACCAUUUCCAGAUAAAGAUUUUCCGAAGAAAAAUGUAAUUUCAAAAUUUGUCAAGCUCUUUUUUGAUCGGAAUAGUGAAAAACAUGUGACAGAGGAGAUAUAUUUUUUCCCAAUUUGUAUGUAUUUAAUAAUUCAUUUGAUAAAAUCAGAUUCUAACAAUCUAAACUAUUUGUAUAAUUUCAUUUUGAACGAUGCCGGUUGGCUUCUGGGUCAGAUGAAAGAUAUUAUGUCAGUAGAAGGUUUAUUUCAUAGUUAUAAUGUAUAUGUAUUUCCAAAGCAAAAAAUUGAAAAAUUGGUAAGGAAGAUGCAAGAACUAGAAUGGUUUGAAUCUGAUUAUCACUGGCCAGAAACAGCUAGAGCAUGCUUCUCUAGAAUGAAGGAUAAAUCCGCAUCCUUGAUAAAUUUGGAAACAUAGAAAGAAGUUGUAAUCACCAUCAUAUCACCCAUAGGUUCUGAUAUCACCUUAACAUGGUUUCAUAUUAGUAAAAUCAUGUUCAAGAUUUGAAAAUGACUUCAUGCAGUUUUCAUGUGUAGAAUUACAGUUGUUUUUCCGAAACUAUUAUGCAUUUUUUGAAAAUGAUUCCAUGAUAAUGGAAAUAAAGUUGAAGAAUUUGAUGGAACUAAAAUAUCAGGUUUUGUUAUAUUUCAAUGGUUAAUAGGGCUUUGUAUAUUGUUGAUGAUAUCUUAACAUCACCCACGUUCCUGCCUGACUGCCUGUCAACGAUAUGUGGUACAUUUAAAAAUCUGUUGAUAUACUUUUUCGCCAAAAUAUUGCUUGGAUUUAAUAUCAAAUUGAUGCAGGUAUCUCUAUUUUAUCUGAAAAACCAACCUUUUCUAAACAUUUUGACAAAAUAUUGUGUUUUCUCAUUAUGAAUAUACAUGUACAUGUACCAUGAAAGUACUUUUGAUAAAAUACUUUCUUGGUUUCAAAAUUGCCAAUUCAAGCCUAACCA